AGUAGAAGACAAAACAAGAAAGACUUCAAGCUAAAAACCUUUCUAAAAAUGGCAAAGAACCGUAACUUAGUCUUCUUCUUAGGGCUAUUAGCGUCUUUUACACUCGCCAGUUUCCCGGUGAACGUUUCCGGCGAACCCCCUCUCUUAUUCACUUUCGGCGACUCUUCCUACGAUGUGGGCAACACGAAGUUCUUCUCGUCGGAGUUCGAUCCGGCCACCACGUGGCCUUACGGCGACUCCAUCGAUAAUCCAACCGGUCGUUGGUCUGACGGAUACAUUGUCCCAGAUUUCGUCGGUCGAUUGAUUGGUCAACGUGAACCGAUUCCUCCGGUACUUGACCCAAAAGCCGAUCUUUCUCGUGGAGCAAGCUUUGCCAUUGCUGGAGCAGUUGUUCUUGGAUCUCAAUCUGCGACUGUAUCCAUGAAUUUUGGACAACAGAUAUCGAAGUUUUUAGCGUUACAUAAGAGAUGGACUGAUAAAGAACGAGCAGAAGCUAUAUACAUGGUUAACAUUGGAGCUGAUGAUUACUUGAAUUUCGCAAAGGCUCAUCCAAAUGCCAAUACUGUGGAGCAGAUUACUCAAGUUGCCUAUGUUCUCCAAAGGAUAUCAAGAGAGCUCAUGGAAUUUGUUUUGGAUAUAUGCAGAGUAUACAGGGCAGGUGGGGCGAGGAAGUUUGCGGUACAGAAUUUAGGGCCGCUUGGUUGCUUACCGAUAGCGAGACAAGAGUUUAAGACAGGUGAAAAGUGUAUGGAGAUGCUUAACUUCAUGGCGAAAACACACAAUGAAAGGCUUAGUGGUGUGCUCUUUUCGAUGACUGUACCGUUACUGUACCGUGGCUUCCGGUACAGCCUCUUUGAUUUCAACGGUGAAAUUCUCCGGAGGAUCAAUGAACCAUCACUCCACGGAUAUACUGAUACAACGACUUCUUGCUGUGGAACUGGAUCGAGAAAUGCAUACGGGUGCGGUUAUAGCAACGUGCAUGCGAAGCUCUGCAGCUACCAGAAAUCAUUUCUGUUCUUCGACGGGCGUCACACCACCGAGAAAACAGAUGAAGAAAUCGCCAAUCUGUUUUAUUCCGGAGACAAACAUGUCGUCUCUCCGGUGAAUAUAAAGGAUCUCGUAGGUAAAUCGGUGAACGAUCUUCUUGCGCAAGAAAUCUAGAAACCCCAAUCCUGUUCUGUUUCUUUGAAAUAAGUAAAUGGUUGUUGUUAUAAACUGUAAAACUCGUA